AUGUCCAAGAAACAUAGUAUUAGGCUUCCAGGUGUGUUGUUGGACGAGCUUAAGGGCCAAAACUAUGAUGAAGAUGAUUCGAGAUUUCAGACACCUAAGGUAAAGAGUUCAGGACGUAAUGGGAAGAGAAAGGCUCCAUUGGGAAGGAAAGAGCUUAGGAAACAACAGCGUGAAAGUAAGAAGGCUAAGCGUAGUGGGAAGUCUGACUCGCACCCUGUAAAGAAGACGCAACAUGAGGUUAAGAAAGUUUCAAAAGUACAAGAUACCAUUCGGAAAAACCAGAAAUCAAGCACGAGCAAGAAGUCAGAAUCUAAGCCUAAGCAGGUUAGAUUUGCUGAGAAAGAUGAUGUUAAGGUAUUUUCGUCCGAUGAUGAAUUAUCUGCUAGUGAUUUUGAUGAAUUUAGCGAGGGAGACUUAGACGAAGAAGAAUGGGAACAGCUUCGCGAGUUGGAAGGUGACGAUGAGGAUGAGGAUGAAGACCAACCUCUCACGGCAGAAGAAACUAUGAUGAAACUUAAGGAGUUGAAAGAAAAGAAGAUGAAGAGUAAUGGUAAUAGUGAAACCGCAAUGCCUGCUCCAGAUGUCGAUUCUGAUGAUGACGAUCAAUUGUCAAGUGACUACUCCGAUAUUGAUGAGGACGAUGAUGAGGAUCAACCUCUAACAGCAGAAGAAACUAUGAUGAAGCUUCAGGAGUUGAAAGAAAAGAAGAUGAAGAAUAGUAAUAAUAGUAAAGCUGUCGCGGCUGCUCCAGAUGUUGAUUCUGAUGAUGGUGAUGAUGACGAGCUAUCGUCAAGUGAGUACUCAGAUGCCGAAGAUGAUGAAGCGGAUGAUAAAGAGAUGACAGUUGAAGAAACAAUGGCCGCUCUAAAAGCAAUGAAGGAAAAGAAGCAAAAAAGUAAGUCCCAAGAUAUGAAACCUAAGAAGAAUACCACUCAAAGUAAAAAAGAUAGAACAUAUGCUCCUUUGACUCCGGAAGAAAGAGCAGCGAUUGAAAGAGACGAACAGGAUAUGAAAUACUAUGCUCGUAAAUUAGGUCUAAAGAAGAAUAAAUUGCAUGCGGCGGACGAGUAUGAUGCAAUUGGUGGUCUCUUAGAAGGUCUUGACUACUUUGAGAAUUUUGGAGAGGAAGGUGAAGAAGGUGAGGAAGAUGAGGAAGAUGAAAUUAUGUCAGAAGAAGAUAAUGAAGAUGAAAUUAUGUCAGAAGCAGAAGAUGAAAUUAUAUCAGGGAACGAAGAAGAGGAAGAAGAAGUCGAAAAUCCCUUUUCGUCGGAUGAUGAGCUAUCAAGUGGUGAUUUUGAGGAGUUCAGCGAAGGUGAUCUUGACGAAGAAGAAUGGGAACAACUUCGAGAAUUAGAGGGCGGAAAGCCAUCUAAAGCGCCCAAGGAGAAGGAAAAUAUUUAUACAGCACCAGUUUCUGAUACGUCACAAGCUUACAUUCCACCAUCUUUGAGAAAAAAACAACUAGAGGAUUCCGACUCUGAAACUUACAAAGAACUUAAAAAGAAGGUUAAAUCAUUGUUAAACAAAUUGUCGGAUUCCAACAUAACUGUUAUAGUUACCUCCCUAAAUGAGCUAUAUGACAAUUAUGCAAGACAAUAUGUUAACGAUGCAAUCAAUAAUCAAAUAAUUGAAGUUGUAGCACAGAAGAAUAAACUUCUAGAUACAUUUAUUAUGAGUUAUGCAGGUGUGGCAUUCAGCAUGUGGAAGCUUAAAGGCACAGAAGCAGGUGCAUCGUUCAUUCAAGCUUUAGUUCAAAAGUUUUUGGAUAUAUACAAUGAGCAAAUGGAAUUCAUUCAAAGCAAGGGCCCUAAUCCUGAAGAGGCAAUGUUGAUAUCAAAGGAGGCUACAAAUCUUCUAACUUUGCUUUCCUAUUCGUAUAAUUUUGGCUUGGUGUCAAGCAGAUUGAUUUAUGAUAUUAUUAAAGAAUUAAUUCAGAAUCCGAAUGAAUACACCACCGAACUUCUUUUGAGAAUUAUUUCUGUGUCAGGUUCUUUGAUUAGAGGUGAUGAUCCUAGAGCAUUGAAAGAUAUCAUCAGUGAGCUAUUGAACAACGUCAAGGGUUUAAAGCAGACUUCAAGAUUAAGUUUCUUACUUGAAACACUAACUGAUCUAAAGAAUAAUAGGUUGAAACCAUCUGUUAUGGCAGCCAGUCAUCAAAGUUUGAAAAAAACAAUAAUAGGUUCGCUACGUAUAUCCACGUCAGCAUCUUCAGAACCUUUACUAGCAUCUUUAGAUGAUAUCAAAAAUGUUGAAACCAAAGGUAAGUGGUGGUUAAUUGGUGCAUCAUGGAAGGGUAAUCAAGAAACGGCUUUCGAUGAGGUGAAAAAGACGAAUACUGACAGUUCAAUCGAUACGAAAUUAAACAUUGAAUUGGAAGAUAACUUACUCUCAGAAAUUAUAGACUGGAAUGAAGUUGCUAGGCAACAAAGGAUGAAUACUGAUGUUAGAAGAGCUAUUUUUGUCAGUAUUAUGUCUGCGGAAGAUUAUUUAGAUGCAUUUGCUAAGCUUGAGAAAUUAAACCUUAAAAGUAAACAGAGUCUUGAUAUAACUCGUGUUUUAGUGCAUUGUCUAUGUAACGACGGUGCUACUACUGGAUACAAUCCAUUUUAUUCACUUCUCGCAGCGAAGCUUUCGGAGCACAAUCAUAAGCUGCUUAAAUCUUUUCAGUUUUUGUUUUGGGAAAUAGUUAAGAAAUUCGAGACAGAAUCCUAUUCAGAUGAUGAAAAUGAGGACACCUUAUUCAAUAAUGAUUCCCUUGAUGAAGAUGCUAAAUUGCAAACUCUUGCAAAGCAAGGAAGAUUUUUUGGUUUCUUAAUUGCCAACGGAUCUUUGAAAUUGGACAUAUUUAAACAUGUUCCGCUAAUGGGAGGAAUUAACUCAGACGGUUUCGUAUUCUUUGAGAUACUUUUGUUUCAAAUGUUCCUAACUAUUGGUAAAACUGCCGAAAAAAAGGUUAAAAAAGAUGGAAAGAAAUCAUUUGAAUACAACUCUAAUGAACUACUCUCUUUAAUUGACAACGGUAUCACUAAUGAAAACAAAACAGUUAUUCUUAAAGCUUUGAAGUGGUUCAUUAAUAAACACUUCGAAUAUACAAAAUACAUAUCCGGGGUUGAAGGGUCUAAGGACUAUGAGAGGGAAUCUAGGAGAUUAUCGUGGGCAGUCAAUACCUUUAAAUCAUUGAUAGACGAUGCAUUGAAGACUUCCGACUUCUAA